AUGCCGCCAAGAGGCCAAAGGUUGUAUUCUGACCCACCCGAGCCCCCGCCGGGAGUGGCAGGAGGGGCGCAUGCAGCCUACCCUUCGUACGAUGCCAGUGCGCCCCCUCAACCCAUGUCGCCGCCUCAAGGUCACUACGAUAAUUACGCCGAGCCUACCUAUGCCGCGUCUCCUCCCGUAGCUGGUAGCCCGAUGAACAAUCCGUACGGCGGAGCAGCGCCUGACUACCCGCCUGCUCAUGCUGGAGAUCACGAGCAUAGUCCGUACGGCGCAACGCCAGGGGAGCAUGGCAGGAGGAUGAGCGAAGUUGGACACGGCUUGUAUGGCAGAGGAGGUAGAGCCAGCAUAGACUAUGGCGAUCAGGAGCUUCAUGCGGGACAUCGAAACUCAGUAGAUGCUGGAGAUGUGCCGCUCUUGCCUGCUCACGGCAACUAUGCGUACGCACCCGCAUCUCAAUUCGAUGAUGGUGGACAUCACGUGGGCUCAGCAGCGGAUCACACCACGCAAGGCUCACACUUUGUCGGAGGCUUCACGGCGGAAGACAGCGAGGAUGAGGAAGGCAUGCCGUUGAGGAGGAGACAAUCUCGCUUCGGCAGCGAUGCGGCAGGUGCUGGGAUGCCUGGUGGAUUCUUGGAAGAAGGAGGAGGGGGAAUCAGAUAUGGACGCAUCCCUCAGAGAGUGCCUCGUCGCUACAAGACGUUGAAGCGAGUCGAGCUGUACCACGGAAACCUGGUGCUCGACUGCCCCGUUCCUACUCGACUGCUGGACAGACUCAAUGAUCGAGAAAGCAGAGAGUUCACUCACAUGAGAUACACUGCUGCUACUUGCGACCCAGACGACUUCAAAGAUGAGCGCUACACGCUUCGUCAGGUCCUCUUUGAUCCGCCCAGAAGGACAGAGCUAUUCAUCUGUCUCACCAUGUACAACGAAGACGAUGUGCUCUUCACGAGGACGAUGCAUGGCGUAAUGAGCAAUAUUGCUCAUCUCUGUACCAGGGACAGGUCCAAGACAUGGGGAAAAGAAGGCUGGAAGAAGGUCGUAGUCUGCAUCGUCAGCGAUGGCCGUUUAAAGAUAAACAGUAGGACGCUGAGUGUCCUCGCUGCCAUGGGUGUCUACCAAGAGGGCGUAGGCAAGAACGUGGUGAAUGGCAAGCCGGUCACAGCGCACAUCUACGAAUACACCACUCAGCUCUCUGUUGACCCUUCGCUCAAGUUUCGAGGGCGAGAAAAGGGAAUCAUGCCGGUUCAGAUCCUCUUCUGCCUCAAAGAGCGCAAUCAAAAGAAGAUUAAUUCGCACCGCUGGUUCUUCAACGCCUUUGGACAGGUCCUGCAACCGAACGUGUGCGUGCUGUUGGAUGUCGGCACCAUGCCGCGCGCAAAGUCCAUCUACCACUUGUGGAAAGCUUUCGACAUCAACAGCAACGUGGCUGGAGCUUGUGGAGAAAUCGUCGCGCUCAAGGGCAAGUAUGGGCAGGGAGUCUUCAAUCCUCUGAUCGCUGCCCAAAACUUUGAGUACAAGAUGAGCAACAUUCUUGAUAAGCCUCUCGAAUCGGUCUUCGGCUUUAUCACUGUGCUUCCUGGCGCUUUCUCGGCUUAUCGCUACAUUGCCUUGCAAAAUGACUCGCAAGGUCAAGGUCCGCUCGCAAGCUACUUCAAAGGCGAAACGCUACACGGCGGUAAAGCGGAUGCAGACAUCUUCCAGUCCAACAUGUACCUAGCUGAAGAUCGCAUCUUGUGCUGGGAGUUGUGCUCCAAGAGAGACUGCGCUUGGAUCUUGCACUAUGUGAAGUCUGCACAGGCCGUCACAGAUGUGCCCGACCAGGUACCAGAAUUGAUCUCUCAGAGAAGACGUUGGCUCAAUGGUUCUUUCUUUGCGGGCAUCCAUUCUAUCGUCCACUUCCAUUACCUCUACCGCUCAUCUCACUCUUUCUGGAGAAAAUUUUUCAUCCACAUCGAGAUAUUCUACCAAGCCAUUCAGCUCUUCUUUUCUUGGUUUGGCAUGGCGAAUUUCUUCAUUGCGUUCGUCAUCCUUACCACUGCGAUGUCGGACGUGGUGAAGCAGACCCAUGUCCCAAACAUCAUUCUUUCGUACAUUUACUUGGCUUUCAUUGUGUUCUGCUUCUUGCUCUCCAUGGGCAACAGGCCUGCUGGAAGCAAAUGGGGUUACACCCUGAGCAUGGUCGUGUUUGCCUUGAUCACCUUGUAUAUGACCGCCGCAGCCGUUUAUCUCGCUGUUCACUCGAUCAUUAACGCGGAGAGGAGUGCCGAUAGCAGCACGGCGCUCGUGACGGACCCAAUUUUCAUCAACAUUGUCGUCUCUUUGGCGUCGACGUAUGGCAUUUGGCUCAUCGCAAGUGUGCUCUUUUUCGAGCCGUGGCACAUGUUUACGUCCAUCAUCCAGUAUCUGCUUAUGGCUCCAUCCUUUGUCAACGUCAUUAGCAUCUACGCAUUCUGCAACGUCCACGAUGUGUCGUGGGGUACCAAGGGAUCGGACAAAGUGGAGACUGAUCUGGGCGUUGUUGGCAAUGCCGGCGGCAAGAAUACCGUCGACGUUGCGAUCCCCACCGAUCUCAAGGAUCUCAAUUCAGCGUACGACGAUGCGGUGCACGUGCUCUCGACCAAAGCGCCUGCCGAGGUGAAGCGCGUGGAUGCCGAAACGAAGCAAAAGGAUUACUAUGCCAGCAUUCGUACCAACGUCGUCUUGCUUUGGAGCUUGUCCAACGCUGGACUCGGCAUCGGCAUCCUGAACGUGUCCAAUGAUAGAGUCAGACUGACCUACAUGGCCUUCUUGCUCUACUCUGUUGCGGCGCUGGCUGGCUUCAGACUGAUAGGAUCGACGACCUACCUGGUCAAACGUCUGUUCGCAGGCGAAUGA